CCCCCUUCUUCACACUGUACCUGCCUCAGGUGAGAGAACAAACCUUGUUAACCACAGUAAACGCUUUAAUCCGAUUCGCACCAUGUCAGCAAUCCGGAAUACUCUGGGUUCCAGGAGUUUCUCCAGCUCAAGUCUAUCUAGCAGCUUGGGGCAGAGGGGCAACAUGUUCGGGGCCAUUUCCCCAGCCGCUAUAGGGAACUUGGCCAGCAACAUACGUCCAUACAUCCAUGUUAACAGCAGCAAUUGUCCCCAAGCGGAUGAUAAGGAGACCAUGAAGGGUCUGAAUGAUCGUCUGGCUGGGUAUCUGUCAAAAGUACGACUUCUGGAGGAGUCCAACACUCAACUGGAGGAGCGAAUCAAAGAGGCUUUGAUGAGGAAAGAAGCCGAGAGCGGCAGAGACUGGAGCUCAUACGAGAAGACCAUUGCAGCUCUGAGAGAGCAGAUCCAGGAAGUGACCAUGGACAAUGCCCGACUCUUUCUUCAGAUGGACAAUGCUCGUCUGGCUACGGACGAUUUCAAAGUCAAGUUUGAGUCAGAGCAAGCCAUGCGACAAGGGGUGGAGCAAGAUCUCGCACGUCUGCGCAAAAUGCUGGACGACACUUACAUGGGCCGCAUGCAACUGGAGAGCCAGAUCGAGUCUAUGAGGGAAGAACUGUCCUCCCUUAAGAAGAGCCAUGAUGAGGAUGUCGGCAACCUGAGACACCAGAUCAGUGAAAACCAAGUCAAUGUGCAAAUGGACAAUAAAAACAGUCCAGACCUCAAUGACACCAUUAGCAACGUCCGCACGCAGUACGAGCGAGCCGUGCAGAAGAGUCGUGAGGAAACUGAAGCCUGGUAUCAGAACAAGUUUGACAACAUCACAGCUGAAGUGACUCAGAACACAGAAGCUCUGCAAGCAGGGAAAACAGAGCUGAAUGAACUGCGCAGACAGAUACAGUCUCUUGAUAUCGACCUGCAGGCUCUAUACAACAUGAUUAGAUCCCUUGAAGAGACACUGCGUGACACUGAAGCACGUUAUGGUCAAGAGGUCAGUGGACACAAUGCUCAAAUCAUGCAGCUGGAGGAAGAGCUGGGACAGGUGCGCGCUCAGGUGGAGCGUCAGAGGGCCGAAUAUCAGGCCCUGCUCAACCUCAAGAUGAAACUGGAGGCGGAGAUCUCCACCUAUCACCAGCUCCUGGAAGGUGUUGGCGAGGACAAGGGAGACAGUAACAGAGUGGAAUUUUCAUUAGAGCAAGCAUUGUACGCAGCACCUCCUUCCAAAGCUCUUAAAGCUGUCAUCAUGAGCCAGGAAAUAGUGGAUGGAGAGGUGGUCUCCCAGAAUGAAAUUGAGCUGAAUCCUACUAAUCAUGAUAACCAGGAUGGGUACGGGGAAGAGGAGGAUGACGAGGCACCUGCUGAGCAGGAGGGGGAGGAAACUGCUCAGGAUGCCAUAGAGCAGAAUGAAUAACGUUCUACAACUACGCCCUACAUACCUACUCAUAUUAUUACUGCCUCAGGGAUUCUGAAACUUGCUUUUCUUCACUUCCUUAUUCCUGACAAUGUUUUCUUUAUUAAAAUGAUGACCACCUUAUCGCUCUCCUGUGCUACAUUAAAAACUUUAUCAGCAAAAUGUUCUGGUCCGUGUU